UGAAUGGACAUCAUUUCUCCUUUUUAUUUUGUCAACUCCUCCCUAAAAAUAACCAAGAAAAAGUCAGUUUAGAAAGCCUGCACACAGAAAAGAUAACAAAAGAAGUUGGAAAAAAAAAAUGAAGCGUUGAAAAAAAACUCUCGCUUCUCUCCUUCUUCCACUAUCACCCAUCAAUUACAAUACGAAAAACAUUGGAAAUAUCAUGGAACUACAUCUUUUUUCGGCCUUCUAUUUUCUUUGCUUCAACGCGUGAUAUUUGUACUUUGAAUUUUUCUAUUUCCCACUUGAAUAAUUUCUUAUUGUAUUUAAAGGAAUCUGCUUCAUUUAGUAUUCUAAUUGUUGAAGUUUCAAACAUCAUAACAACAACCCAUAAACUACCGCAACAAUAAGAGGGUAAGAGGUCUGUAUUUCUAUUAUUUACCAACAGAGAUUUUUUUAGAUAGUGAGUGAUUUUAUUUUUUUUUUCGAACUUUGGGUUUUAUUUUUUACUUUUUUAGGUAUUAUCCUUGCAAGUUUAUAAAUUGUUGACUAUAUUUUUAGUUUUUUUGUAAUUGGGUAUUUAGUAAUUUGGGGGAUUAGGUUUUUGAUAUUUUUUAGGGAUUUUUGUAAUUGGGAAUUGUUUUUUGUUUUUUUUUUGUGAUUGGGUAUUGAGUAAUUUGGGGGGAUUAGGUAAUUGGUUUUUUUUAGGGAUUUUUGUAAUUGGGAGUUUAAUCAGAGUUUUUAGGUAUUGUCCGUUUAAGUUUAAAAAAUGCUGCUUUUUUAAUUUUUUUUUUUGGGAAUCUUUGUAUUUGGGUAUUUAGUGUAUUGAAUUUGGGGAUUGAAAACCUUACAAUUUAGGCGUUAAAUGGCAACGGCUGCUGCAUUUUCAUCAUUACGGCGGCGAAGAUCGCCGUCUUUAGAGGCUUUUUUGGCUCCGGUGGACCUUACCAAUGGAGGGAUUAUAAGAACUUUGUUAUCUGUAGCGAAUGAAUUAGUUGAAUUAUAUGCUGGGAAGAAAUUACCUUUUCAGAAGAAGAAUUUUUUGUCUUUGAUCCGUAGAAUUGAAGUAUUUGCUGUUUUGUUAGAUUUCCUGAAAGAAUCCCGGUUGAGUUCGAAGUUUUCAUAUACAACAAUUACAUGCUUUAAAGAGCUCUAUUUAAUAUUCUAUAGAUGCAAAAUAGUGUUAGAUUAUUGUGCACGUUGUAGUAAAUUGUGGAUGCUUUUGCAAAACCAGUCGAUUUCGGGUCAUUUUCACGAUCUUGAUCAAGAAAUGUCAACCCUUUUGGAUAUUCUUCCUGUUGAAGAGUUAGGUUUGAGUGAAGAUGUUAGGGAGCAGGUUGAAUUGUUACAAAGGCAGUUGAGGAGAGCAAAGUGUUAUGUAGAUAAGCGAGAUGAGAUGUUAAGGCUUCGCCUAUAUUCGUUCAUGAAUAAUUUGGAGGAUGGAGAGGUCCCUAGUUCAGCUGAUCUUUGGUUUUUCUUUGUUGAUCAGUUGAGAAUUUGUGAUGCAAAGAGUUGCAGAACGGAAAUUGAAUUCAUAGAGGAACAGAUUGUUAAUUACGAGGGAGAUGUUGAACCCACAGCUUCGGUUCUCAAUGGGUUUGUGGCCCUCACACGUUAUUGUCGGUUCUUGCUAUUUCGGUUUGAGGAAGAUAUGGAUUUCGGAGCUGAAAGACCUAAGAAAAUGAAGAAAGGAAUGAUGACGCAGGAGAUCGCUGAUACUUUUCUCACAAUCCCAAUGGAUUUCUGCUGUCCUAUUUCAUUGGACUUGAUGCAAGAUCCUGUGAUAGUAUCAACUGGACAGACAUAUGAUCGAUCCUCGAUAUCAAGGUGGUUGGAUGAAGGUCGUUGCACUUGUCCGAAGACGGGUCAAAUGCUUACGCAUACACGAUUAGUUCCCAAUCAGGCACUUAGGAAUUUGAUAACUCAAUGGUCUGUAGCUCAUGAAGUUCCGUAUGAGCCACCGGAGGGAGCAGAAUCUUGUUCAGAGCUAGUUGCAGCUUCAUCUUCAAAGGCUGCAGUUACAGCAAACCAGGCCACAGCGCAUCUUCUUAUCCGACAACUUGCUUGUGGGCCAGAGGACGCUCAAGCCAUUGCUGCUAGGGAGAUUCGUUUGUUGGCAAAAACAGGGAAAGAGAACCGUGCUUUUAUUGCUGAAGCUGGUGCUGUGCCCCAUCUCAAACGGCUAUUGCUAUCCAAAAAUGCAAUUGCUCAAGAAAAUUCUGUCACUGCAAUGCUUAACCUAUCCAUUUAUGACAAAAACAAAAGCAAAAUUAUUGAAGAAGAAGGGUGCUUGAAGUCCAUUGUCGAUGUUUUGAGGUUUGGGCUCACCAAUGAGGCACGAGAGAACGCUGCUGCAACCUUGUUUAGUCUAUCAGCCGUUCAUGAUUAUAAGAAACAAAUUGCAGACGAAAAUGGGGCUGUUGAAGCCCUUGUGAGUCUUUUGAGGGAUGGGACUCUCAGAGGCAAGAAAGAUGCAGUUAUGGCUUUGUUUAAUUUGUCAACGCACACAGGGAAUUGUGUGCGGAUGAUAGAAGCUGGGGCAAUAACAGCAGUCGUUGGAGCUUUAGGGGUUGAUGGGGUAUCCGAAGAGGCGGCAGGGGUGUUGGCUUUGAUUGUGAGGCAGCCUGCUGGGGCUGAGGCUGUUGGGAAAGAAGAAAUGGCUGUGGAUGUUUUGCUUGAGAUGAUGCGUAGUGGGACUCCCCGAGCAAAGGAGAACGCAGUUGCUGCGUUACUGGAAUUUGGUCGGAAUGGUGGGGCUGCUGCCACCGACAGGUUACUCAAGGCACCGGCAUUGGCUGGUUUGCUUCAAACCUUGUUGUUCACUGGUACGAAACGGGCUAGACGAAAGGCUGCCUCCCUUGCUCGGGUUUUUCAGAGAAGGGAGAACCCAACUCCACAGUAUAGCGGAAUGGGGAUUGGGUAUCACUUGGCUAGGAACUCGGCUAUAAAUAGAGAUACGAGCUAUAACGGUGAUGUGUCUGUACCCAUGUCCAUAUCUCUUCCAGUAAUGCAAGGGUAAAACAGUUCAGUGCACUCUUUUUCUUUAUGUUGUGUACAUGUAUACUAGUAUAUCUAUAUUCUCAAGUUUUGUUCGGAAUCCUGACAUUCUUUCAUUCAAACAUGAGGCAUGAGUAACAAAUCUCUCUGCAAAAGGGGAAACUUAUAAACAGUUUAUUUUUUAGUUUUGAUUUUGCAGUAAUUGUGUUUAUAUAGUAGUGUAAGAGGAUAGUUUGUGUUAUUAGAUGAUCUAAGGUCAUAAGGAGUGGAGCAAUUUUUAUUGUUCCUCCAUUUCUAUUUGUACUUCUAAAUGAUAUUCAAUUGAUACUUUUUUGCCUUAAUACUUGAUUUAUCAUCUUCUGAGACUCAGUUGUAAACUUUUAAUGUUAAUAGCAUGUACAAUUUUGAUCUUCCCUUUACAUUUUGGUCACCGGGAAAGUAAUUAAAAAUACUUGCCUUAUGUUUACUAUCUCGACUCUUUGAAUUUGCUACAUUGUGGUUCUAUGUGCGAGAGUUUUUUUAACUAGAAUAUGACAAAUUCAAACUGAUGAAUGAGUAUUUUACUUUAUAGUUGGAAUACCGUGGCGUUGUUAUGUUUGGGGUAUUGACUACUUUUCCUUACUCUUGCAUAUUUCUCAUUGAUAUUUUGACCAUAAUCUAGCAAAUUGAAAGGGAUUGAGAACUACAGAUAGAAGAAGGAAUGGAAUGUUAAAGGAAUUGAAGUAUGUUAUAAUAGUUAUGUUACCCAGACUCUUCAUUUUGCUUCACGUACCCGUGUCCGAACCUUGAUCCUCGGACAUUGGUAAGGUACUUACACUUCUUUUUACUCGUAAAAUUGAAUAUUUACACGUAUUCGACGCUUGGACACGUAUCAGUAUCCAACAUCAGUACCCGAGUUCAAGUAACAUAGAUAGUGACAGAUCAUGCAGAAUUCUUGUACUUUCUAAAUUUUGUUUGAAUGUCGAAUACGUAUCGCUCAAUCGAAAUUGGCGUAAUUGGAUAACUUUAGGAUUGAUGCAACCAAAUGAUGGAUUUCAAGAGGUUGAAGGAGGGUAUACCUUGGAGCAAUUUGUCUUCGAUGUUGCUGCAAGUAACAGAGCUAAAAUGCUAGAAGAUGGGAGAUGCCAAUGAAAAGAGAAGGAGGAAUCAAAUGUAGCAAUUAAUAUGGAACGGGGAACCAACUUCUUGUUGCUAGAUAUGCGUCACAAGAUGAAUCUGAAAAGUUGGUGAGCCCCAGAGCACAUUGGUUAUUGUCUUUUUGUUACUUCUAUUUACAAGUAGCUGCAAGCUUAUUUAUGAUCUGGGAAAAUCUCGCCGAGGACAGAAAACUUCCGAAUCAAAAGGUAGGCUGAUAAAUGGGUGAUUAGUGGUUUUUUCAACCCACUUUCUUUCCUUGUUUUGCCCUUGUUUUAGCAAGUUUUAUGUGCUUUUGACGCUUUUUAAGCUGGUUUUUGGUUACUAAAUAGGGCGGUAAAUGGUAAUGGUUCCGUUUUGUUCGUUUUGGGCGUGAAUGAUGUUUCUCCUCUUCCUUUUUGUUACUAUGAUUUUACUUUGGCUCUUUUUGCCCUUGUUUUAGCGAGGUUUUAUGUUCUUUAACAAGGGUAAAGUUGCAUUUACAUCCUAGGUGGGAUACACUUAAUAGUAUUGAGGUAAUGGAAUGUUGUUGUCAGCUAAGCUUUGUGUUCUUUUGCCGUCCUUUGAGCCAGUGUUCGGUUACUUGUGUAGAAUAGGGCGAUAAUGGUUCUGUUUUUGUUUGUUUUACCGCAUCCCCUUCCUUUUUUUUUUUUAUGAUUUUACUUCUCGGUGUGCAUGGCUUUUGCUCGAUAGGUCUUGGAUACCUUCAAUUCGGUUAUGAGGGCCAAGAAGCAAUCUUUAUUGAACGGGAGCGAGGUAGGAGCAAGAUGGGGGCAAAAAGGAGGAUAGAAAGUUGAAAAUUCACCGAGUAUGAAAGAUGCAAGUUUAGGAGCAAUAUCACAUUACACGUCGAAAUAUGAAACUGCAAAGCUUCAGUGCGGAAUGUGGAUUGCAGCCAUCUGAUACCCGGUGCUCAUGUAACUUGCAGUCUUUGUUACAUGGACACCGCCUGAACCCUAUCGUUAAAUAAGGGUAAGAUUAUAUAUAUCUGACCUCCUAUUUCAAGUGGAGCCACUUAUUAACAUUAAGGUAAUAAAAUAUUGAUUUAUUGUUGGAUGCUCGGGAUCCACUUAUACUGAAGAGUGGAUACUUUUCUUGGUCGGACUUUUCAAUAUACCUCAAGUAUGUGUGUUGCAUUCUCAACAUUUAAACAUGGUGGAACACUUUGACACUUCAAUUUGAUACCCCCAACCCCAACCCAGCUAUGGCUAAAACUCAAAAGGUAGAUUUUUAAAAGUUGAUGAGGCAAGUGAUAUAUUAAAAUUAAUUUAAUAAAAUCUCACAUAAAUAUAUUUUACAACAAAAUUGAAUAUUUAAAGGAUAUUAAAAUUUAAUUUUGCUUCAAAAUAGAGAUGCGAAGAAUAUAGUGAUUCCUACCAACAAGUAAAGUUUGAUUUCUUAGUGGGCACUUUCCAUAAAUAAGGCCAAAGCUGAAAAAUGUAGGUAGAGUAAGUACAAGCCUGGAUUCUCCAAGGGUAUACAACAAAAGAAUAACGACAUUCUAAGAUAAAGAAACAAAACAAAAGACAAAUAUUAUACCUUCUCUUAUUACAAAACACAAAAACUUAGUUUUAUCAAUGAAAAUUGCAUAUAUGAUUACAUUUGCACCAAUGCCCUGCUUAUUUCCAUUGUCUUUCUUUGUUUUUCAUUAUUAUUA